GCACCAAAUGUUGUCGCGACACCUGUGCGCUCCUCUCCUGUGGUGGUCAGCAUCCGGGAUCCACCCUACGGUCCCGAUGGUGUGGCCCAAAGGGAGGCCGGACUAGGGAUCCCAGGAAGGGCUCUCUGCACCUACCUGGCGUCCGACUCCAGGGCGACCUCCAGGAUGCCUGAGGCCGAGAGCUCUGGCAAAGACCCCACCCGAUGGAAGAAGAAGAAGAAGCCGGUACGCCGCACUGUCAGCCAGAUCUGCCCGCCGCCACGGCGGCCCCUGACCGUAGCCGACAUCCGCCCGGGCAUGGAGAACCAGCGGCUGGGGGUCGUGCGCGAUUCCAUGUUUCAAAACCCGCUCAUCGUCAAGGCAGAGCUUGGCAAACCCCGGGAAAGGAGCUGCAGCCUGCCUGGUAUUGAUUUCAACUACGGCCUCUACAUCCGGGGACUGGAUGGAGGGGUCCCAGAAGCCAUUGGGCACUGGAAUGUGUACAAGCAACAGCCCACCUGCCCCCAGGAGCUGACCCGGAGUUACAUCGCCAUGAAUCGAGGGGCCGUGAAAGCUGGUCUGGUCACUGCCCGGGAGAACAUCCUCUACCGCAGACUUAAUGACAUCCGCAUCAGUGAUCAGGAUGACCGGCGCCUGAAGGAGCCACCUGCCAUCCCUCCCAACAUGACGUUCGGGAUCAGGGCUCGGCCUUCAACCCCAUUUUUUGACCUGCUGCAGCACCGGUACCAGCAGCUGUGGGUGCAGGAACAGAGGGCGGCUCAGAAGGCCAUUAAACUGGAGAAGAAGCAAAAGGUGGUCCUGGGAAAGUACUGUGAGACCCGCGGCAGCCUCCUGCGGAAGCACAAGCCGCCAGUGAUGCUGGACACCCUGUGGCGCAUGCCCCACUUCCAGAAGGUUUCUCAUAGGAGAAGCCAUGGGGUGGGUGAGCCUGUGAGUCUGAAGUUCCUCACUUCAUAUCACGGGCUCAAGGUGGGCCCCCAGCUUGAUACUUUCUCCACGGAGGCCGACCGUCAGAGAGCGUUCAAAGCCCACCGGGAAGAGCAUGCUGUGCGCCAGGGGACCCUGCGGAUGGGCAACUACACCCACCCCUAGGCCCUGCACUCCUAGUCCAUGUACCCUUGCUGUGGCAGGAAGUGCCCUGAAAGACUCACCUGUCCCUGCCUCACUUACCCCAACCCCAGCUGCCCCCCACCCC